CACUCCAAACUGUAAAUGUGGCACUCACAUAAGGGUUAAGUAACACUAACAUAUCUGCUUUUGGGAUUGGACGUGGUAGAUUGCCGUGGCAGACCGAAAAAGCAAACAAUUUUGUUUUGGCUAGUGCAAAUAUAUGAAAAUCAAGAUUGUCGAUGGAGUUUCUUAAAAGCGGAUUUAAGACGGUGCUGGGCACUACGGAGCCUGGGCAGCAGCCUAGUGCAGCAGAAACGGUUGAAAAAUUGGUUGACCGUGUUGUGUCUUCGACGUUGUUGGAUGAUAGGCGCGAUGCUUGUCGUGCAUUAAAGGCACUAUCUAGAAAAUAUCGAAUUGAGGUCGGAGCCCAAGGAAUGCCGGCUUUAGUGCAGAUUCUGAAACAUGAUUGUCAAGAUUCAGAAAUAAUAAGCUACGCUUUAGAUGCAUUGUGUAAUAUAACAACAUCUGAAGAGUUCGAUGAAGAAGCUGACAACCCAGUUGUUUCAGUCAAUAUCGGAGAGCAGUUUACUGAAAUGUUUAUAAAAGUACCCGAUCAUGUUACCUUAGUUAUGGGCUACCUGGAAGAAUAUGAUUUUCGUGUACGACGUGCGGCAAUUCAACUUAUUACUACUUUAAUUGCCAACAAAACUCGAGACCUACAAGAAAUAAUUUUGGUGAGCCCGAUGGGUGUGUCCAAGUUAAUGGACCUACUGACUGAUAGCCGUGAGGUUAUUCGAAACGAUGCACUACUCUUACUCAUUCAGUUAACAAAAGGUAACUCCAAUAUACAAAAAAUUGUUGCUUUUGAAAACGCAUUUGAUAAAAUUUUCGAAAUUAUUCAAAGUGAGGGAUGCUCCGAUGGCGGCAUUGUUGUUGAAGAUUGUUUAAUACUUUUACUGAAUUUAUUAAAGAAUAAUUCAAGCAAUCAACAAUUUUUCAAAGAAGGCUCUUUUAUCCAACGGCUGUCGCCAAUGUUUAUUAUCGCUCCGGAAACUGAAGAAGUUGGAUGGUCACCACAAAAGGUGUCAAAUAUACAUUGCAUGUUGCAGGUAGUGCGCGCAUUAGUAACACCAAGUAAUCAACAGCAAGUUGUGUCAUCUUGUCAAAAGGUGAUGCGCAAGUCAAAUCUGUUGGAUGCAUUAUGCAGCAUUUUGAUGGGUAGCGGAGUACCAGCUGAUAUACUCACUGAAACCAUAAACGCCGUUGCGGAAAUAGUUCGCGGUGACAAAGAGAACCAAGAGCAAUUGAGCAUGGUUAUGGCGCCUAGUAAUCCUCCUCGACCAGCUAUAGUCGUACUUUUAAUGUCCAUGAUCAACGAGAAGCAGAUGUUGGCACUAAGGUGCGCAGUUUUGUAUUGUUUUCAGUGCUAUCUGUUUCGCAACGUAGAUGGACAUCAAGCGGUAGUACAAACAUUAUUACCGUCUUCUGAAGCUGAAGUUAGUAGCCAUUCAACAGGGCAAUUAUUAUGUGUCGGCCUCUUUUCAACAGAUUCCUUAGCUAACUGGUUUUCCGCUGUAGCUCUUAUGCAUGCGCUUGUCGAUAGUGUUGCUCAGAAAGAGGAACUUAUGCGCGUACUUUUGGCCACACCUGGCGGAGGCAAACCCGUAACUUUGUUGGAACAAUGUACAAAUCUACUUCAGCAAGAUAGUUACAAACUACAAAGUAAAGUUGGACUUUUAAUGUUGCUUGGAAUGUGGUUAGCACAUUGUCCAGGUGCCGUUAAAAUGUUUCUCGCUACAAAUGGAACGAUGGCUUAUUUGACAGCACAGAUUAGUGCCAAUGAGCAUGAUGAGAAUGAAUAUCUAAUUCAAGGAUUAUGCGCGUUUCUUAUGGGCGUGUGUAUUCAAUUUAAUGAUAAUAGUCUUCCCAAUCAAAAGCGGGAUGAUAUCUGUCAACUGGUGAUUAAGCGUAUAGGUCAAGAAACAUUUUGUAACAAAUUAAGUGAAGUAUCACGACAUGAAGCCUAUAGCCGUGCUUGCAAACAACCUCAAAUUCGAGCGAAGUCGGCCGCUGAUCUAUUACUGGAUUACGAAUAUUGUAAAUUAUACAAAGGUUUGGAAGCCUUAAUAGGAAAAGUAGUUAGUGGUUUCGAUGUCGAUGGCAUAGAACUAACUGAACUAACUCUCAGUUCUGAAGCUUCGGCGCUUGUAGCAAAAUACAAAAGUAUUAUACGGGAUCUUGAUGGACAAAUAAAUUUGUUACAGCAAAAUUCAAAAAAAAUUGAAGCUAAAAAUAUUGAAUUAGAACAUAAUCUGGCGCAAGUAGAAAGCCUUAAUACCCAACUGUCUGACCAAAAUACACUGCUGAAAGCUCAAUUGGGAGCCGUACAAAAUGGCACUUCUUCUGCGUGUGAUGUUGCAACGGCUAAUGCCCUUAAUGCUGCACAUUUUCAGACGAAUUUAUAUUGUGCAGAAAACCUACGUUUGACACGAGAAAUAGAGGACAUACGCAAGCAAGUUGACAAUGAAAAACAACGAGCUAAUACUGCGAAUGAAGAUUUACAAAAACUACAGAAAGAUCAAGAAGAUCUGCUGGAACUCCUUAUGGACCAAGAAAAUAAAAUUAUUAAAUAUGAACAGCAACUACGCUUAGCCGGUGUGCCUGUUGAAAAUGAUGAUGAAACGGAAAAUAAAACAGACAUAAAUUUCGAUGAAGGCACCUCUAAUGCGAAUAUUAGUAAAUGUACAGAAAGUGCGACUACUAAUUAAAUACCUUAAAAAAAUUGAUUGUAGAUCCACAUAAGUAUAGUAAAUCUAUAUAUAGAACGUACGACAAUUUUAUCUAUAUAACAGUGUAUUUCCAUAUAAUUCCGAAAAAAAUGUUUAUGUAAAUAUUUAUUAUGUGAACA